AUGGGUCUCCUUGCGCUGGGCACUCCCCUCGACUGGCCCGACACCAAGCCCCUCGCCGAGCACAUUCGGACGCACGGUAUCAAGCAGUUCCUUCACACCUGGCGCCGAUGGCAGGACAAGUCAGGCGCCGGCCUCCUCUGGGGCGAUGAGAUUGAGUACCUUGUCGUCGCCAAGGAUGAGGAGAGGCCGGAGGACGCCGUCCGCCUCUCGCUCCGCCAGAGUGAGAUUCUCGAGAAGCUUGCCAAGGUGACAAUGGAUCCCAAGUUGGAAGCGUCGAUGCCGAAGAAGUGUGACGCCAUCCCCACGUUCCACCCGGAGUACGGACGCUUCAUGAUCGAGUCUACCCCGGGCGCCCCGUACACUGGGUCGCUCUCUGACCUCGUCCGCGUCGAGUGUGACAUGCGGUGGCGUCGCAAGAUCAUCCGCUCGCACUUGCUCCCCAACGAGCUCCCGAUCACGCUCACGUCAUGGCCCCGCCUCGGUGUCGAGGACAGCCAGUUCACCGACCCGCCGACGUACCCCGACCCCGAGCACAGCUCGAGCCGUUCGAAGUAUGUUGCCCAGCUGAUCACCAACCCUCACGCUCGUUUCCCGACUCUCACAGCAAACAUCAGGCAGAGGAGGGGAUCGCUCGUCGACAUUCGGGUGCCGCUGUACAUCGACAAGAACACAAACGUGCCAGAGGGCGAGCGCGCCGAGCUUUCAAACGGCCACGCCGGUCCCGCGAAGCCUCUUCCGGGCACGCCGUACAUCCACAUGGACGCCAUGGGCUUUGGAAUGGGAUGCUGCUGCCUGCAGAUUACGUUCCAGGCUUGGAACGUUGACGAGGCUCGCCAGGUUUACGACGCUCUCGUUCCGCACGUCAUCGCCGCCGCCGUCGAUGACCGCACGGAGGAGGAGCGUGGACUGAAGCCGCUCAAGGAGAACGAGUACCGCAUCCCGAAGUCGCGCUACGACUCGGUCUCGCUGUACAUUGCCGAUGAUCCGCGAAACAAGCCGGAGUACGCCGACAUCUCGGCCCCCAUCAACCAGCGUGUCCGUCAGGAGCUCCUCGACAACGGCGUCGACGACAAGCUCGCCUCGCACAUCGGCCACCUGUUCAUCCGCGACCCGCUGGUGCAGUUCUCUGAGACGAUCGACCAGAACGACGAGGAGAGCAUGGACCACUUCGAGAACAUCCAGUCCACCAACUGGCAGACUGUUCGCUUCAAGCCGCCUCCGGUCAACUCGAACAUCGGCUGGCGUGUCGAGUUCCGUCCCAUGGAGGUGCAGAUGACCGACUUUGAGAACGCCGCGUUCUCGAUCUUUAUCGUCCUGCUGUCGCGAGCGAUCAUCUCGUUCGACCUCAACACCUACAUGCCCAUCUCGCAGGUUGACGAGAACAUGCAGCGCGCUCAGCAGCGUGACGCGGCCGUUGCGAAUAAGUUCUUCUUCCGCCGCGUCAUGUUCCCUCACGGCAUCGAUGCGUACAACCUCGACUCUCGUCCCGUGUCGCGACCAGUCUCCCCGCCGAAGUCGCCGCCCAACGAGAAGUCCAGCCCGGUCUCCGAGAAUGGCGACGCGCCGUCGCUCGCCAACGGCAAGCCCGCGGUUAACGGUUUCCACAAGUCAAACCACUGGCGUUACGGCUCCACCGCAUCCUCGUCGUGCGCCUCGCUGCAGCAGGAGGAAGACGCCGACCACUCGCCCGAGGUCGUCGAGAUGUCGAUGGACGAGAUCAUCAACGGACGAAAGGAUGGCUUCCCCGGUCUCAUGGGUGUCGUCAACGCCUACCUCAACUCGAUCAAUGCCGAUGUCGCGGUGAAGAUGGAGAUCCGGAAGUACCUUGACCUGAUCAAGCUGCGUGCCCGCGGCGACCUCGUCACGCCCGCCGCCUGGAUCCGCAAGUUCCUCACGUCGCACCCCGACUACAAGCAGGACUCGAUCGUGUCGGACAAGAUGCAGUCUGAUCUCAUCACGGCCGUCGACGAGAUCGAGCGCGGCAUCCGCCCGGCGCCGGAGCUGCUGGGCCCUCACUAUGUGGGCACCGAUGUCGGCAGCCCCGCCGGCUGCAACGGUAUUGCUUAG